CACAAGGCCCCGGAACAGGUAGAGGAGGAGGAGGAUUCGAAGGGUUGAGCGAAUGUAUGACUGGAGGGAGGGGAGGGUAGAACGGAGAUGUCGAUGUACGAUAAUAGCUGAGAGAAUGAAGCGAAGAUAGUAAUGGAGACCUUAUCUUCCAGCAGAUUGCUGAUUGGUUGAGCCGUUGAUGUCGAAGGGACUCCGGAGUGACGGUGAAAGGGGAGUUGACAGAGGCCUCAUUUGGGCUCGCCAUCUGCAACGUCUCCCAACCUCCACGCCCACACCCUCCCCUUUGAAAACCGACAUACCGACAUUUAUCUCCUCGAUCAUUUCAAGGGCAAUGACUCCCCGAAAUACCACAGGACCAUGUGUCUUUUCUCCCGCCAUAAUGGAGAUCAAGGACAAGCUCGAGCAGAUUCGUGCCCUAUGGCGAUACAUCACGAAAAUGCAACCGGCACCGAGACUGACCAUCAUUCCCACGACCGGCCCGUCGGAAGAUAUCCAGUAUUACGUGUUGCAUCGCGAUUUGAACGAUUACUAUCCGUGGAGCAAUUCCCGCCUCCCCGCCGACACACCGGAAUACCUCGUGGAAGCGCUGAUGGUGUGGAACCGCUGCAGUAUAACUGGCUUCAUGCUGACCGAGGUCCUAAGAAGGACUCUCGACGGAUCCAGGUUUGAGUUCGGGAACAUGAACUUCCGGGCAAAGACUCGGUUUCGGUUUGACGGACACAAACCCCAGCACACCGUCAUCACGAUCACAAACAAGGAGGACGGCAUGAUUUACGUUCUCGAUCUGACGCUGGAACAAUUUGGAUGGUCGAAGGAGGAUUGGCUGCUCCCCAUAGCAGAGUACUGCGGCUCGUAUGUCAAGCUGAGCAAGCAAAAUAAGAGGCCUCCUGAAAAGCUGUCCAUCCCCACGGAAUAUGGCCCAUUGGAGCCGGCAAAGAGGAAGAUCGUAUUCGACAAGGAUCUCGAGCGGAUCGGCCACCUUUAUUUGGAGGAGGUGGAGUACUGGAAACACAUCCACAAAUUGCUCCUGGACUAUGACUGGGAUUCGUGGGGUGGAGGCGAUGUGUUGGCCGAACUGAAAGAGGGGAUUGAGAACAUCGCCCAUACCGAUGUGUUCGCCUUUUUAGCGUCGAGGAUUUGAGGUGCUGCCAGGGAGCCACAUGUUCUGCUUUUAUUUUCCGUCCCAGCCACGCCUGUAGGGAGAGAAAAUCAAUCUUGUCAUCCAACACUUCUGCUUCUACAUCUCUCACGUGACCAGAUUCCACAGCAAGAACCACGGCCUUUCUUUCUCCCUCAUCAUGACUACACCACCACUCCGCGCCCAUGCGUUCCUCAAAUAUCUCUUUUAAGCCCUUGAUUCCCAAUCAUAUCUCUUUCCGUUCACAGCACAGGGCUUUGACUUCAACACGCUAACACUCAUAGUGCCGACUCCGUCCCACGCCGCCGCACACCAUCACACCCCGUUACCACGCUACUUCGACCACAAGCCCCUUGAGGAUGCACGGCUGUUUGAUACA